AUGAUCGUUGGAGACCCGUCAUACCGAACUGAGGCCCAGGCCAAGAAGUUCCGUCAACUUACUUACACCUGUCUCGAGAACAUCCUCACCCGCAGUGGUGAGACCCUUGACAUGCCGAAGAAGGUCUGCAAGGCCGGAAUCAUGGCUAACAUCCGCUUCCCGACAACCUCGACUCAGCCGACCACUCGAGCCACGUCGCGUACCCCAGUGGUACCUUCGAGAGCGGCGGUGCCUGUCCCUCGACUCACCCCGUCAAGAUCCCCCCUCUUUUACGAGGUCAUCUGGGACACACGCGCGUUCAACAACCCCAACGACUGGCCUACCGACGGCAGCCAGCCUUUCGUCUGGUCCUACGGCGACCCAACCGGAUACGGAAACCACGGUGACUACAUGUUCGGCUGGAAGGGCGACGCUCUCCAGAAGGCCAUGGACUCCAACUGCAACAUCAACUGCCCUCAGCUCAAGACCCAGUCCAUCUCGCAGGGUAACCAGUGCAGCAAGAAGGUCUCUGUUAACGAGGAAAUCGACGGCUGGCUCAAGGAGCUUCCUGGCGGGAUGCCCGUCACUGAUGCAACUGGCAAGGUCCUCUACUAA